CAUCUCCUCUCUCUCUCUCUCGUGAAAGGACUGGCCUUUUCACUUUUCAGACUGCUUUACCUCUCUCACUCACUCAAUCACCAAACUGCUCAUCAUUGUCCUCGUCCUCUGCAGAAAUGGAGUUCACAGCACAACAGCUGAGCCUCUACAACGGCACCGACCCGUCGAAGCCGAUCUACGUGGCCAUCAAGGGCCGCGUGUUCGACGUCACCGCCGGUAAGCCCUUCUACGGCCCUGGCGGAGCCUACGCCAUGUUCGCCGGCAAGGACGCCAGCCGUGCCCUCGCCAAGAUGAGCAAGAACGAAGAGGACGUCACCGCCUGCCUCGACGGCCUCUCCGAGAAAGAGAUCGGUGUCCUCAAGGACUGGGAGACGAAGUUCGAAGCUAAGUACCCUGUCGUUGGCCGCGUUGUCUCUUAAUUAAAACCUAAUCCGGGUCAUAUCACGACACCAAUGUCUAUCUCGAUAUGUGCAUUACUUAAGUAAAUCACUGAUACUUCGAUUGUAAUGUGUCUACGCCUAAGGUUGCGAUGCGAAUCGCUCCGAAACAGCUGCCUUGUUUACUGGAUAUGUGUCUAUAUAAAUAAAUGUGGGUUUGUAAACUAAAUUUCGUCCGAUUUUUAGUUUAAUUGCCUUCCUUUAAA